AUGUCGUCAUCGUUCGCACACCUCGAACCAGCACUGCAGCCGGUCCUCUGGCCCCUCGUGAAUUCGCCACGCCGUGCUCUGGAGAGCUCCGACUACUAUUCGCAACAUUUACGCAACAGAGCACAAGUCAGCAUGGCGCCACUACAGUAUCCCCACGCCCUCCACGACCUCAUUGUUGAGCGCCUGGUCGAGCCAACAACAACCACAAUCCAGGCUGCCACAAAGGUGGUCCUGGCCCGCCAGGCCACCACGACAGUGGUGACCACUGGCACAGUCGUCACCAAUGACAGUACCACCUUGUCAGGCGGCGCCAUUGCGGGCAUAGUCAUCGGCUCCAUCGUCGGCUUCCUCCUUCUCUUGUGGAUCAUUCGCUCUUGUCUCAACUGGGAACGGCCGGAAACCUGGGGUACAACCUACGAGCCCAGCCACGAGAAAACCACUCGAACACGUCGUUACAGUUACCCGUAUCACCACGAGACGCAUCGCUCGCGGUCGCGACACUCCCACCGGAGUCCACGGCGCUCCACAGAAAUUCGCGAUGUAUACUACGCACGGCAGACGGGGCCGGAACAGGUGCCGUCUCGCGGCAGAAGUCCUCGUGCGCCACCAGCCGUCUAUCAAGUCCGGCCCGAGGCCAAUGCCAGGGAAGUCCGCAGAGUCAGCCGCAGCUCUCGAUACUACACAUAG